CUCGGAUGACAUGUGUCCAAUUAUUAGCUGAAGCUCUUCCGGCAGUAUCGACCUUCUUCUUCGUGUUCUUAGCGGAAGGAAGGUAAAAAAAAUUGGAUCUUCACGCUAGGAAACUAAUUUGAUUCAGCCCUGAUUCCUGGCUGCUUUGAUUUUCACGGAAGGAAAGAAAUUCAGAUAUUCACGGAAGGAAAACAAAUCUGCAAGGAAAGUCCUGAUGAUUCUUCUUCGAUUGUUUGCGGAAUCUUUUUGUGGAUUCUGAAAUCGCCGAUGCGAUUACAGUGUUGAAGGAGGAGUCGAAGAGGUGUAGGGAGUCAUUGGGUGAACCAGUCUUGGAAGAAUUUCUUCCAGUGAAGAAGACUCCAGUUGAUGAUGAUGAUGAUGAUGAUGAUGACAUAAACAAGGUUUAGAAUGUCAAGGAGAAAGACUGUAAAAAAGGAAUUGAUGGCUCAACCGAGCUAUGAGAUGUUGUGAAUUGAUGUGUGCUGCUGAAAAAGAAGAUGAAAAACUUGCAGAUAGUUUUGCUAAGAAGACAAGGGGUUGAGCGGUUAUGCCACCGAAAGUUUAAGAGCAUGGCUUUUACAAUGGGUAUUAUUAAGGUGCGAUGAGUCAAGUUUGCAGUCAUGGACAAGUUGAAAACAUUAGUGCACAUAGUGUGUCCCGCCUCUUAGUGGAGCUGGAAAAAUUCAGUGCAUUGUGGAAGUCCAGGAGCAUCAUUGGGAAGAGAUGCUACCGUACUUGAGUGUGGGAUGAUCUACCCUCUCUGCUCUAAUGCUCAUUCCCAUCAUUUUCAAUGAAAGACGAAGAUGACGACUACAAUGUGGGCAAUUACUUGGCCUAUACUCAAGGAAAGCACCACCAGACCAAUUGGGUCAAGUGAGCAGCCCGCAAGGCCAAGGAGGAGCCUGUUUUGCCGCUCUCUCAUACGCACAAAAUCUCUCGAAAAAGACAGAUUUUUUGACAUGUGCCUCUCACUUAGAUUAUUCAUUCACCUAAGCCUUUCAAAGGAAAGUAUAAAACUUCUUCCCCACCCGGAUUUCUUCUACACGAGCGAGAGGGAUUGAUUCUUCGCCAAAAUUAAGAGAACGUAUGAGCUUUCCUUUCUCAUUUGGAAUCUAAUCGCAACAAUUGCUCGCAAUGAGAAGUUUGAUUUGAUGCAUUUCGAUCAUUCUUUCCAAAAAUUGAGGGGAAUCAAGCAACUGAAACUAAAGACAACCUAAUGAAAUUCCUAGCUUGAAAUCUGCCAAGAACCUUGCAAUCAUAAUAGAGGACAUACCCAGGUAUCCUCACUCUUUGUCAUUCCUAUCAUAUAUACAUUGCUUUUGUCUCAUUUGCCUUUGCUAUCAAAAAGCAAAGUUUGAAUUAUAACAGAUAUUCUAUUGUAAUAGAGUUAGUUGUUGAUGGUGUUAGAAAAACAAUACUGUUUGGUCGGUAAAAUUGACAGGGUGUAGGAGGACUAGCUGAAUAUACCCGAGGAUAACUCAACACAGGCAAGACCUCAGGAAAUCUCAGCAUCUGAAGCCGCAGGCCUACCUAUUUCGGGCGAAACCGCCUAUCAGGCUCUAAAACACAUUGUCGGGAUGUAUUUUGACGGGGAAGCGAGUAAACAUUCUGAUCACGGCUGCCUCGGGUGGGGUGCAUUACGCUGUACAGUUAGCCAAACUAGGGAAUGCACAUGUGACUGCUACGUGCGGUGAGCGUAACAUGACAAUCAUGAACCUGUAGCAACAAAGCCAAGAUAAGCUGUGGCCAUCACCAUUGAUACCAGCUGUAUCUUUAUGACCCGAGCAGGAAUGAAGGAACCCAGCGAUUAUGCACACUGAGGCAGUCGGCUCCCACAAUAACAUACUGUAGUGGACAAAGCUCAAUAUGUUGCUGUAGCCACUAUUACUCAUUGAAAAGUGGGGACUAUCUGAUUUGGCAUAUCAAGGAUGUGUUAGGGAUGAGUAAACAGAGGGGGGGAGUACUGUAUAGAGAAAGACUUCUUUU